GGGUUUUAAAGCAUUCUUAUUUGUUGUUCUGCUUUCCUCUUCUCAAGUCAGUCACAUUCUCCGGCGUCGCCUCAAUUCUCAGUCUCUCUCUCUCUCACCGUCUCUCGAGCUACAUACUCGCCAUUGGCUCUCUCUUCAUGGAAGCUCAGAUUUUGCAGUCUUCUUCUUCCUGCUUUUCGUCUCUUCACAACACUCUCAAUCGUUACCGUUUCUCCUCUGUGUCAUCACUAAGACCUCUCUCCGUCAGCUUCACUCAGACGACGAGAGCAAGGACUAAGGUUUCUCGUGUUUUAUCCAUGUCGAAGAAAGAUGAUGAAUCCAUGAAAGAUGAUGAAUCCAUGUCGAAGAAAGAUGAUGAUGAAUCUGAUAGUCUCACUUACAAAGAUUCUGGUGUUGAUAUCGAUGCUGGGGCUGAGCUUGUUAAACGAAUCGCAAAGAUGGCUCCUGGAAUAGGAGGAUUCGGUGGUCUCUUCCCAUAUGGUGAUGAGUUUCUCGUAGCUGGUACGGAUGGUGUAGGGACUAAAUUGAAAUUGGCAUUUGAAACUGGAAUUCAUGACACCAUUGGAAUCGACUUGGUUGCGAUGAGUGUGAAUGAUAUUAUUACUUCUGGUGCAAAGCCUAUGUUUUUCCUAGAUUACUUUGCUACUAGUCGUCUUGAUGUAGACCUUGCAGAAAAGGUCAUUAAAGGGAUUGUUGAAGGUUGUCGGCAAUCGGACUGUGCUCUCUUAGGGGGAGAGACUGCAGAGAUGCCUGACUUUUAUGCAGAGGGCGAGUACGAUCUCAGUGGGUUUGCUGUAGGCAGAGUAAAGAAAACUUCUCUUAUCAACGGAAAAAACAUUGUUGCUGGAGAUGUUCUUAUUGGCCUCCCGUCUAGUGGCGUUCAUUCCAAUGGUUUCUCUUUAGUAAGAAGGGUGUUGGCUCGAAGCAAUCUUUCGUUGAAUGAUGCGCUUCCAGGUGGAUCAACUACCCUUGGUGAAGCUCUAAUGGCACCUACUGUCAUAUAUGUAAAACAGGUACUUGACAUAAUCAGUAGAGGAGGAGUGAAGGGGAUAGCUCAUAUUACAGGUGGAGGUUUCACAGACAACAUUCCCCGAGUCUUCCCUGAUGGUUUGGGUGCUGUUAUUCACACCGAUGCUUGGGAACUUCCACCUUUGUUCAAAUGGAUCCAACAGUCUGGGAGGAUAGAAGACAGUGAGAUGAGACGAACGUUUAAUCUGGGAAUAGGGAUGGUUUUGGUGGUUAGUCCAGAGGCAGCUUCGCGAAUACUACAAGAAGCCAAGAAUGGGGACUAUGUCGCCUAUCGCGUAGGAGAGGUUAUAAACGGUGAAGGCGUAACCUAUCAGUAGAAUGCUGCGUGUACUUUUUUUCUUUUUUCUUUUUCUGUGUUCUUGAAGUUUUUGUUUCCCACAGUUCUUUAAGAAUUGAGUAAUUGUGUACGGUUUAAUGAGGUUACAAACCAUGAGAUGAGGCAUUUUUGAGAACGUCGUUCUAAUUUUAUAAUAACAUAACCAAUGUAAUUGGUAUGAGUUUAAAGCUCA